ACCGUGCUGGAGCACCCGACGGGCACGCGGCUGGAGCUGACACUGUCCGACUACGACCGUGGCCCGGCUGAUGAUGAUGCGUUGGGCAGGUGCGGUCUGGACGUGGCCGACAUCGCCAAGGCCGGAUCGCAGGACGUGUGGGUGCCGCUGGAGCAGGCGCGCACCGGCCGGAUCCACAUGAAGCUGGACUGGCUGGGUCUCUCCACUAACGCGGCCGACAUCAAGAAGCAACUGAAUGAAAUCGAGGACCUGUCGGCGUUCGACCACUCGGGCCUGCACUCGGCCGUGCUGACCGUGUUCGUCGACUCGGCAAAACAGCUUCCGAUGGCGUCGCGGACGGUGGAGCCCAAUCCGCUGGUGCGGCUGGCGGUGGGCAACCAGAAGGAGGUGACUUCGUGCAAGUACCGCACCCUGGACCCUGUCUGGAGGAGGGGCUUCAGCUUCCUCGUCAAGAACCCGCUGACGCAGACCAUGACGCUGGAGGUGGAGGACCAGAGCUCGGGCAAGUCGCUGGGCAUGCUGCAGCUGGAGGUUAAGGACCUGCUCCGCCAGCCGGAGCUGGAGGUCAGCGAGCACCCCUACAAGCUGCACGAGUCGGGCCGGCACUCCAUGGUCGUGCUCUCCAUUCAGCUGCGGGUUCUGACGCACGACAAGGUGGCGGCUCAGGACGACGAGGCCCGCAUUCCUUCUGCCAUGCCGCAGCGGCCGGUGGCGCCCGAGCCGCCCCGACAGCCCUCAAAGCCGACGGAGGGCCACGACUGAGCCGAGCCCGCCGGCGGCACCAGGGGAGAAGCCGGCUGCGACGC